AUGUCAGCUUUAACUAUACAAAUCAAAAUAUUACAAUAUACAAUAGCCUUAUUACUAUGUCUUUCACAUUUAAUUGGCUCAGUCUUUCUAACGCUAAUGUUUAUUCCACCUUUCGCAUUAUUUGGUUGGAUGUUCUUGCCAAUAGUAGUGGCUAGCAUUGUUGUGAGUGCAUACAGCACAGCAUGGUUAUUAUAUUUAUAUUUUGCACAAACAGAUCGACAAUUCAAUCUACCAUAUAAUCCAAAACGUAUUAUUAAAAUCAACUAUGCAUUAUUACAAUUUUUAUGGGGUUUUGUGAAAUACAUACCAUUAUUUGCAGAAUAUGCUUACUUGAAAUUUUUUGUUUUGGGUAAAAAGAUGCGAAGGAUUGUAAAGGAAGAUAUAUUUUAUGGAAGUCGUUCAAAUUCCAAUCGUCUUGAUGUUUAUAUUCCAGAUACUGCCAAAUUUCCUCAUGUAAUUGAGGCAGCUUAUCAUCCUGUCAUAGUAUUUAUUCAUGGAAGUGCUUGGUCAUCUGGAUCAAGCAAAUCCUUGUAUAUUCUAUUAGCUCUUCGAUUAAGACAAAUGGGUUAUAUUGUUGUCGUACCAGAUUAUUCUGCAUAUCCUGAAGUAAAGGUUGAAUUAAUGAUUUCUGAUAUUAAAAGGGCAAUGGUGUGGACAAAAAGAUACAUAAAUAAAUUUGGAGGUGACCCAAGUAAAAUUCAUAUAAUGGGCCAUUCUUCAGGUGCGCAUUUAGGAGCUUUGGUUACAGUACGAGAUGCUAUAAUUAAAUCACGAACAUCAUCCACAUAUUUUGAAGACAUUGAUCCUGAAUUGGAAUUACCAAAAAUUGCUGGAGUGUAUGAUAUUGCAAGACAUUUUCAUUGUGAGGCUAAACGUGGUGUUGAAGAAAUAUCAGCGAUGACACGUGUAAUGGGAGAUACAUUAGAAAAUCUUGCAUUGAACUCUCCCACACUCUUACUAGAUAAUGCUAUCAGAGAUGCUCAAAUUAAUCCAGAGACUUUGAAUAAUUUAUUACCGCCUAAAAUAUUAUUAAUUCAUGGUGACAAGGAUAAUUGUGUACCAACGGAAUCAUCAAUAAGAUUUAAUCAUGUACUAAAUGAAUUAUAUAUCAAAGAUUUAAAAUUGAGAAUAUUUCCAGGAAUGGGUCACGAUGAACCUAUUACAAGUUUAAUGUUUAGUCCUUUUACUAGUAAAUACACUUUACAAUUAUUAAGUGAAAUGGCUGAUUUCAUGUUAUAUUAA